AACAAUACCCGGUACCCGUAAAGAUGAUGAAUAUAUUUUUUUUUGUUGGCACUAGCUGCAGCAGCGGGAAGGAGUCUGGAAAUCGUCUCAACAUCAACAGCAAGUUGGUCCACGGAUUGGUCCUGUUGCUGGCUUGCAUUCUACUAGGCGCCAACAUCAACAGCGCAUCCUUUGCCCCCGGAACUGUGCUGGAUAUCAUGCUCGGUGAAACUACUGUGGAGCAGCUAAAAUAUAUACCCCUCGCCGACGGUUAUGAGUUUGGUUACACCCUACCCAAUGGCGCUCAUCGCGAUGAGAUUGGAAAGGUGUUAAGUGGCACUUCGGCCGCCAAGGAUCUGGAGAACGCCAACAACUUGGCACGCAACCAUCGUCCCUCCCGCGAAAAUGGCCUAAAGGUGCGCAAGCUCUCUGGCAAAUCCCUCGCAUCUCUGGCUGGUUAAGCACCCCCUCCCCAUCCAUCCAUACAUCAUUUUUUUAAAAUAGUUUUCCUCUUGGAAUUAGCCGCCAUAGUGGACAAAACUGUGCCAACUGCUUUAGGUUUAUUUAUUAGUAUACAUA